GGUGUUUGUGAUUAAGUCGCCAAUACCCAAUCUAAAUCUGCACCGCGCUUCCCUUGUGGAGGUACGUCAGUGGACUGUCGUGUCAGCACCAUCAUGAGUGAUCUUCAGCCUCAACCUUCUCGACUUAAUUUCUCUUGGAGCGUCGAUACAGGUGUCGGUAAGGUCGUCAGUAUCGGUACGGACCUACUGCGCGCAUGCACGAGUGAUAAUGUCCAGCCUUUGGCCCUCCUGGCAUGCGAAAAACUCGGCGCACAAUUGGCAAUGUGUCCGGAGACAAGGGUGAAAAUGGAGCAGGCUGGACGGCGCAAACAUACUUCAUAUAUCUUGAAGAGUCUGGGUGCCAGUAUUGGGUAUAUGGCUGGCGAUUCUGCUGACUAUUUGGCAUCGACGGACGCAGGAACCCGCUUUCUCGGCCUAGCAGCUACCUUGCUUACUACAGGUCUCAAUUUCGAUGCUGCUCAGACGCUGCACACGCUUCUGAAGGAGUUUGCUCCCAAAGAUCAGAUGCUGCCUACCAUUGGACAACUGAAACAACUAUUCGAAAUACUUGAGCCGAAACUGAAAUGUUCAGGGCGAAAUCAUGGAGAAACUUUGUCUUUCAGACUACCUUAGUCACACCAAUGACUCCGGCUUGCACGAUGAGCAAACUGCCACGUCGACCUCGACGUCCACAAUGCUCAGACGUGGCACAGAUCCGAAAAACUUACAAAGCCCCGUCGUUUCCGGUGCUGGACGUAUCAGGAAACCUCAGGUACCUUUAUGGAAAGAAAAGAUUGGGGUAGCUGCCAAAGAUCCUAGCUA